AUGAACGGAGUGUGGCACCACGCUACUACGUGGAGUACGUGGGGUGUCUAUCCGUGUCUGUCGCAGCUCCUUCGGUCACAGAAGCCGCUGACGGAGGCGGACGGGGAGGACGGCGGCGAGCGCGCGCUGUCGGGUCACGUGCUCUACCUGCGGGUGGCCGGGCUGUGGCCGCGCGGCCGGGGACCCGCCUACGCGCUGUACGCGGGACUCGUGCAGCUGAGCGCCGUCGCGUACGUCGCCGUCGGCGUCGCCAGCGUGCGCAGCGCCCGGGGCGACGUGGACACCAUAUCGCACACGCUGAUGCACACGCUCGAGGUGGUCUCCGGGCUGCUGAAGGCGGGGCUGUUCUUCUGCAAGAGGCGCUCGUUCUACCGGCUGGUGCGGGACCUGGACGGGAUGGCCUCCGCCGACUGGGACGUGCCGGAGCUGCGGUGGGCGCGGCGGCGCGCGCGCCGGCUGACGGCGUGGCUGAGCGCCUACAUCUACGCGCUGAUCCUGCUGUGGCUGCCGGCGCCGCUGCUGGCCGGCGGCGACCAGAGGCUGCUGCCCGUGGUGCAGCUGCGCGGCGUCGACUGGGCGCGCCGGCCCGCCGCCUACGGCGCGCUGUACGCGCUGCAGUGCGCCGUGCCGCUCACGCAGGUGCCCGUCGUUAUCGGCCUCGACUGCUUCUUCGUGGCGGCCAUGCUGCACGCCGGCGCCCUGCUGCAGCUGCUGGGCCGCCGCGUCUCCGGGCUGCGGCUCUGCGGCGGCGGCGGCGGCGGCGGCGGCGGCGACGGCGGUGACGAAGAUCCGGCUGGCGACGAGCGGCUCAAGAGGCAGCGAGUGCUCUACGCAGAGCUACGCGCCUGCAUCAGGAGCCACCAGAAAAUCACAAAGUUCCUGCGCGACCUGGAGGCUGCGGUCAGCGCCAUGCUGCUGGUCCAGCUGUCACUCAUCAUGGUCGGCCUCUGCAUGACUCUCCACCAGCAGGCACAGAUUAAGGACGCGCUGACGGCCCUGCAGUACGCGCUGAUGCUGCCCUUCUACACGGCUCAGCUCUACUUCUACUGCUGGACGGCUGACUUCAUCACGCAGCAGGGCGAGGCGCUGUCCGUGUCGGCGUACAGCAGCCGCUGGGUGGGCGCCGGCGCCGCCUUCCAGAGGGCGCUGUCGGUGGUGAUGGCGCGCGCGCAGCAGCCGCUGCUCGUGACGGCCGGCCGCCUCUACCCCGUCAACAAGGCGGCCUUCGUCGCGCUGAUGAAGGCCUCCUACUCGUACUACACGCUGCUGAGGCAGCUGGACAGCGACUGA